UCGGAUUACAGCCAUGUUGGGGGUCUUGCUGAGGAAUACUUUACCCGGCUGUUAAAGCGGUGUGGUGCAGCCCUGCGCAAGGCAAGCCUUGGUAUUCAUUCUGCUAGGGAGAACCUGCUGGCAGACGGUCCGACCCCAAACAUAUGACUCCUCGGUAGUUUGCAAGGACUACACUUUGUUGGCGUGACAAAGAGUCUGCAUGUCGGUGUAGACAUGUUCAGCUCUGUGGAUAUACGGCAAUUGGGAGUGGUGCUGCUGCUAGCGGCGGUGACGGUCGUCAGGUGCCAGCAGGACGACCUCUUGAAUUGUGUGCAGGAAGGGAAUGUAUACAGCGACAAGGACAUCUGGAAACCGGAGGCCUGCACCAUCUGCGUGUGUGACAGUGGUAACAUCCUGUGCGAUGACAUCGUCUGCGUCGAGGACGUGGAGAAUUGCCCCAACCCGGAGAUCCCUGAUGGAGAGUGCUGCCCCAUCUGCCCCACAGAUAUCCCAGAGCCGUCACCCACGUCUGCUGUAAUAAAGCCCUCAAUUACGAAUGGUCCCAUUGGCCCCAAGGGCACGAAAGGAGAUCCUGGCCCAAAAGGAUCCAAUGGGCUGAACGGAGAUCCGGGCUCCUCGGGUAUCCCCGGGACCCCCGGCAAGCCUGGCAACAACGGCCCCCGGGGACCGGCAGGGCCCCCUGGACCCCCUGGCCCAUCCGCCCCCACCCGCUUUGGAAAUCAAGCCCAAAUGGCAGGAGGAUUCGACGAGAAGUCAGGACAAUCCAUGAUGGGAAUGGGAAUGACUGUUCCGGGCCCCAGUGGACCUCCGGGUCCUCAUGGACUGCCAGGCUCUGCAGGUCCUCCUGGUCCUUAUGGUUUACAAGGCAUCCGUGGAGAGCAAGGAUCUCCGGGUCACAUGGGUCCAACUGGUCCCCCAGGCCCCCCUGGGCAUCCUGGAGAUGAUGGCAAGAACGGGAAGCCGGGCCGGCCAGGAGAUCGUGGCGGACCGGGUGACAUGGGUCCUGGUGGAAUGAACGGGAGCCCCGGAAUGCACGGAUCCAAGGGACACAGGGGAUACAACGGGAUUCCUGGAGCCAAGGGAGAAUCUGGAGGGAAUGGUCACCGGGGGGAGAGAGGUGCGGCUGGAAAGAACGGUUCCCCAGGCAACGUGGGCCCCCAGGGAUCAACUGGUGAGCGAGGACGUCCCGGAGGGUCUGGUCCUAGCGGUGCCCGUGGAAGCGAUGGGCUGGUGGGGUCAAGGGGACCAGCUGGUCCACUGGGCAGCGCUGGGUCAUCUGGCUUUGUUGGGCAGCCCGGAGCUAAGGGUGAGCUCGGUAUUGGUGGGUCGCGUGGGCCUGCGGGGCCACAGGGGUCACAUGGUGAGGUCGGACUGCCUGGGCCUCCUGGCCUCGUCGGGCUCCCGGGAAACAACGGACAUAAUGGAAAAUCUGGAAGCAAAGGACCACUUGGAAACCCUGGCAUUGCUGGAGCCCCUGGCUUCCCUGGCCCCCAGGGAGUGUUGGGCCUCCCAGGCCAAACCGGCCUCGCUGGCCUCAAGGGGCCCUCUGGCGAUAUUGGAAUUCCUGGCUUGAAGGGAGAACCAGGCUCCAAGGGUGAACACGGCAACGCUGGUCUCUCGGGAGCCGCGGGUUUGUCUGGAGAAGAGGGCAAGCGUGGCAGCCUCGGCGAGCAGGGCAACGUUGGCUUGGCCGGCCCGGCUGGUGCCAGGGGUGCCCCUGGAGUCAAUGGCUUCCCAGGUCCCAACGGGGGUGCGGGUGGCAUGGGCCUGCCUGGUGAUCGAGGAGCGGCCGGUCCUUCCGGAGCCAGGGGCCUCCCCGGCGAGCCCGGCAACCCCGGCGAGGCCGGUGGCACGGGAGCGAGGGGUGCACCGGGGUCUACUGGCAGCAGUGGUCCUUCUGGAAAGUCUGGUGCUCAGGGUGCAGCUGGACAAGAGGGCCGAUUGGGUCGACCAGGCUCCACCGGUGGCCGAGGAUCUCCUGGUCCCAUGGGAUUCCCUGGGCCCAAGGGCAUUGAUGGGGAGGUCGGGCCACCCGGUGCCACUGGCGGUAAUGGAAACCGCGGUCCCAUGGGCGAGUCUGGGAAGGAUGGGGAGAAUGGAGCACGGGGAGCGGGAGGCCCCAUGGGCGCAAGCGGAGAACGAGGAGAGCAGGGGGCCUCUGGACUGGGUGGCCCACAGGGUGUGCCUGGCUCGCCUGGUGGACCUGGCAUGGCUGGCAGACUGGGUGACAGAGGAAUGCCGGGAGAUUCUGGUGCGCCUGGAAUUUCUGGCACCAAGGGUGAGGCCGGCACACCUGGUGAGCGCGGUUCUACUGGUUCCAGCGGCAUCCAGGGCAUCCGUGGUCAGGCUGGAACCCCCGGCACCUCUGGAGCCAAGGGCGAGGCUGGAGUUGUUGGGCCAUCCGGUCUCAUUGGAAGCCCCGGUGCCUCUGGGCUGCCGGGUGAGAGAGGUGUAAGCGGAGGCCCCGGAGGCAAGGGGGAAAAGGGUAACAACGGCGAGAGAGGCUACGAAGGGAACCCCGGCAAAGACGGAGCCCGAGGUGUGAUUGGUCCGGUUGGGCCUCCAGGCCCUAGCGGUGCUCCAGGCGACAAAGGCGAGCAUGGCGCCUCUGGUCCUCUUGGGCCGGCCGGCCCCGCAGGAGUGAACGGCGAGCGAGGCAGUGUCGGCUCCGCUGGAAUCCCUGGGCUCGUCGGAUCUCCCGGGCCCAGCGGCCACAAUGGGGCCAAGGGUGAGAAGGGAGUGGCCGGUGGGAAGGGUGAUAACGGAGCCCCUGGCAUCCAUGGAUACAUCGGGGCCCCGGGCCCACAGGGACCGUCUGGAGAGGGCGGCCCCAAGGGAGCUCUUGGUGAAGUUGGCGGCAUGGGCAUGACUGGAUUCCCAGGAGCGCCUGGUGAAUCUGGCACCGGUGGUCCUCCGGGAGGCAUCGGUCCUCAGGGUGCAUCGGGAGCGCAGGGCAAGGACGGCAGCAUGGGCCCACGCGGUGACACUGGCACACCAGGCGAGCCCGGGGAGCCCGGCCCCACCGGCCUCCUUGGCAAUCAAGGAGAGCGUGGCGAGAGGGGCCCUAGCGGAACCCGGGGUACCGCUGGGGCACCAGGCAGCAGUGGCUUCCUGGGUUCUCAUGGUAUCCAGGGUCUGUCCGGCCAGCGUGGUGAGAGGGGCGUCCCUGGACUCAACGGCCCUACGGGCUCUCUCGGCAAAAGCGGUCCCACGGGUGAACAAGGCGAACGUGGAGCUCCGGGUAACGUGGGCUCCCCGGGUCUCAAUGGCGCUCCCGGCGAGUCCGGCCGUGAGGGUUCAUCUGGUACUGAUGGAGCUUCCGGGCGCGAUGGCCUUGCUGGCGUGCGGGGAGACCGCGGUGAACCUGGGACGCCCGGCCGCCCAGGCAAUCCAGGCAACAUGGGCAACCCUGGCCUUUCAGGAGCCAACGGCAAGGACGGGCACAGGGGCGAAACGGGCCCUCAAGGAGAUUCAGGCAUCGUGGGCAGACCUGGCUCCGCAGGGCCGCUUGGCCCUCAGGGGCCAAACGGAGCCCAUGGCGAGAGGGGCGACUCAGGCGAGAGGGGAAUUAAGGGCCACCGUGGCUGGAGCGGUUUCCAGGGUCUGCCUGGCCUGCCGGGUCCUCACGGUCACCAAGGAGGCCCUGGUAUCAAUGGCGGCAGUGGUCCAAGGGGACCCACGGGCCCAGCGGGCGGGCGUGGCAAGGAUGGGCACAAUGGACAGGCUGGCCCCCUCGGGCCCUCUGGCCACCGCGGUCGUCCAGGGGAGGCUGGCAGUGCUGGCCCUGCUGGUUCACCAGGUAUCCCUGGGCCCCCAGGCCCUCCCGGCCCUGCAGCAAACGGCUACGGACAGUUGCCCUUGAUUGGCAUGGAGAAGGGACCAGACCCAUACCCUUACCGGUACCGUGCUGAUGAGGCGCUCAAGGAGCACGAUGCUGAGGUGGAUGUGACCCUCAAGAGCCUCACCAACCAGCUGGAGAACAUCAUGAGCCCCGAGGGCACCAAGACCGACCCGGCUCGCAGCUGUCGAGACCUCAUGCUCUGCCACUCUGACUGGAAGAGCGGUGAGUACUGGAUCGACCCUAAUGAGGGCUCAGUGCUGGACGCCAUGAAGGUCUGGUGCAACAUGGAGACCGGGGAGACCUGCGUCUAUCCCAAGCCCAAGAACGUUCCCAGCAAGAACUGGUGGAGCAAUAAGGGCAGCCGCGAGCACAAGCAUGUCUGGUUUGGAGAGGCCAUGCCCGGUGGCUUCCACUUCAGCUACGGAGACGACACCAUGUCGGCCAACAUCGCCGAGGUGCAGCUCAACUUCCUGCGCCUCGUGGCCGCCGAAGCCUCCCAGAACAUCACGUACCUGUGCCGUAACAGCGUGGCGUACGCGGACGCCGCGGGCAGCCUGCGCAAGGCCGUGCGGCUCAUGGGCUCGGGCGAGCUCGAGCUGCGUGCAGAUGGCAAGAACCGCUUCACCUACUCCAUGCUGGAGGACGGCUGCGCGAAACACACUGGCGAGUGGGGAAAGACAGUUCUGCAAUACAAGACAAACAAGCCGUCUCGUCUGCCGAUAGUGGAUAUCGCACCUCUGGACAUUGGUGGACCCGAGCAAGAGUUUGGCGUCGAAAUUGGCCCCGUCUGCUUCCUGUAAAACCAAUGGACUUUGCAACUCCACCUCUGUUCGCCAUCCACCAAACCCUUGCACUGAACGGCUAAAGAUUGACCGUUUAACGUUGCUAAUGGUCUUCCAUCCACAGGCUUAUGUUUGGAUUUCAUGGCAAAAAGUGUGAAAAUGCCUAUCUGUAUUGUUCUGUGUAAAUUAGAAACAUUUGAUGUUGUUCAUAUUGCUGUGGAAUUACUUUUACAGGAAUUCACUUUAAUAUUCUGAUCGCAACAACAGGUGUAGUUUUUUGCCCCAAAAUUUUUUUUUUACAAAAAGUGUCAAUGGAUUUUUUUUCUAAAUGUGAGUCGAAGAUUUCUGGAAUUUUUUUUUAAACAAAAGGCUAUUUUUUAAAUGACUAAAAUGGUAAUUAAACACAUUUUCGGACUGCAUAACUGUCCUGUCUUAUUUGGUUUGCAGGGAGACGGCCUUCACAAAACACACCAUGUGUUGUAUAUGUUACAUUUGGUGCUUUUCGUAGUGCUUCCAGUUGUAUCUUUAAAGGUGCUACUUUACUAUGGGUUUGGUUUUAUUUAAGCAUAAAAAAAAAUCAGCAAACUUGAAGAACCCAGUAAAGCUAAAGGUGCUAGCUGCCUCAUUUGACUCAAGUUACUCUGGUCAUGAACAAUUCACCUCUUUUUCUUGAUGUGAAAUAUAUCCAGACCAGAACUGUUUUCUUACGGAAUUACUAGAUCCAUGCUACACCAGUAUGGCCAAGCGAACAAGACCAAAAAAAAAGACUUAAAAAAGAAAGCGUCCAUGUUGUUUGGAAAUAAACAUAUUGUUUAAAAAAAUAUAUAUUGAAAAUUAAGUCUUCUUUUGUUGCAGUGUUGGCCACAAUUGUUUUGGGAUGUCGAUUCCACAUUUUAAAUCUGCCGCUUAACCUGGGGAAAGCCUUUAAGUUGUCCUCCUGCUUUAGUUGACCCCCUCUCGAUGACCUUGCUGCCGUCUCAUAUAGUGGCUUUGCGUGAGUCGCUCUAUGUUCUCCAAAAAUAGGCAUGUGGAUCCCCGCUUGCUCUCUCACAUAGUGGUUCCCCCUCUGUGCGUGUGUUGGUGUUCCUGUGUAAUAUCCAACAAGCAAAGGGAUAGCCACCUGGACAUGUACAAUUUUUGUAUAUUUCAUUUAGUGCCGAUGCAGAAAGCUUUGAUUUUUGUAAAAUGCUAUUUUGUAUGCAGUAUAGACAGGGAACUUACACAUUUGGGAUCGUAGAAAUUCAUCUCGGCAUUUAUUUGUGUGUGCCUAACGAACGUGUCCUUAUUCGAUUCAUCCCAUAUGUUGUCCACGCCAGUAGAUGCAAACUUAAAAAAAUAAAGUGUUCAAUUUUUUAUUUGUAUCAAAUGUCACAUGAUGUGUUUUGUGGAAUGUGUAGCCGUUUCCUUGGCUAUUUCGUAAAAAAAAAGAGGGACAAGGAAAUAAAAAAAGUUAAUGAAGUGCC